GGAUUCAUCACUUCAAUCUCCAUCUUCUCCAUGUGGAAUUUCAAUUCUGCGUUUCAUUUUCUAAUCGCCAUGGAUGAUUAUGAUGAUGCUUAAUUCUUUUUGUUCUUCGAACCAGAACGUCAAAACUCGCUUUACCAUUACUUCCUUUCACUCGAAUGAAGUCUUGUUCAAUCCCUUUUGUCGAGGUCAAGUGGUCUGAUCGAUUUGUUCGAAUCGAGGCGUUGACGAAAAAGUGCUUCUACUUUUGAUGUUGAGUUUAUGAUUUUAUCAUUCGUUCCUAGGAUUCUUAUUCCUUGUGGAUUUUGUUCUACUGAAAAAAGUGUUGGGUGAAGUUUCAUUACAUGCGAUUGGAUCCUGUGGAUGAUCCCUUUUGAUUCUUGGGGAGCAUCUUAAAAUGUUGUGGAGGAGCAUGUUCUAUCUGAAACUGAAUUUUUCUAAGUAUGUUCGGUGUAAUGCAAUCGGUUGAUGAGGACACUGAGCCAAAGAAUUUGAAGCGUUCAAGGCCACCUCCGUACAACAUGACCGUCACUCACUCGAGUGUUGCUCAGAGUUUAGAUGACUCCUUUCUUUUCCCAGUUGAAGAGAUUGUACAAUAUCCAUUGCCAGGAUAUGUUGCCCCCACUUUGAUUACUUUCAGUCCAGAUGACAGUUUUAUCACUUACUUGUUUAGUCCUGAUUCUACCUUAAAUAAGAAGGUUUUUGCUUUUGAUAUCAAAACUUGCAAACAGGAGUUGAUUUUCAGUCCUCCUGAUGGUGGGCUGGAUGAGUGUAACAUUUCACCCGAAGAGAAAUUGAGGAGAGAAAGAUUGAGGGAACGUGGUUUGGGAGUAACCCGGUAUGAAUGGGUGAAAACGAGCCCCAAAAAGAAAGCAAUUAUGGUGCCUCUGCCUGCUGGGAUUUAUAUUCAGGAUUUUCUUGGCUCGACGCCAGAGCUUAAGCUUUCCAGUAAACCCUCUUCACCAAUCAUGGAUCCACAUCUCUCACCAGAUGGGUCCAUGGUUGCAUUCGUUAAAGAUGGGGAGCUUCAUGUCAUGAAUCUAACAUGCUUUGAAGUGAGACAGUUGACUGUUGGUGCUAGCAGAAACAUUUCGCAUGGAAUUGCAGAAUAUAUAGCUGAGGAGGAAAUGGAUCGAAAAAAUGGGUACUGGUGGUCGCUCGAUAGCAAAUAUAUUGCAUUUACACAAGUUGAUACUUCAAAGAUUCCUCCCUUUAGAAUCAUGCAUCAAGGUAAAAGUUCGAUUGGUUCGGAUGCACAAGAAGAUCAUGCUUAUUCAUUUGCAGGAACUUCCAAUGCCAUUGUUCGUCUCGGCGUUGUCUCUGUUUAUGGAGGUCCGAUUACUUGGAUGGAUCUUCUUUGUGGAGAAACCGAGGAAGAGGAAUAUCUGGCCCGAGUCUGUUGGAUGCACGAAAAUAUUCUUAUCGCUCAGAUUCUAAAUAGGUUACAUACCAAGCUGAAAAUUCUCAGGUUUGAUAUCAAGACAGGCCAGAGAAAGGUUUUGCUGGUAGAAGAACAAGAUUCAUGGGUUAACUUGCAUGAUUGUUUCACACCACUAGACAAAAGUAUGAGCAAAUAUUCUGGAGGAUUUAUAUGGGCAAGUGAAAAAACGGGAUUUAGACAUCUUUAUUUGCACGAUGGCCAUGGGACGUGCUUGGGGCCGAUUACCGAAGGCAACUGGAUGGUUGAACAAAUUGCCGGUGUCAACGAGGCGACCGGGCUAGUUUAUUUUACUGGAACUGUUGACGGGCCUCUUGAAUCUCAUCUUUACUGUACCAAACUAACCACUACCGGGAAUACACCAUUGGAGCCACCAACAAGAUUGACUCAGGGCAAGGGGAAACAUGUCGUUGUACUCGAUCAUCGCAUGACGAGGUUUAUAGACAUUCACGAUUCUCUUAAUUCUCCCCCAAGGGUGUUGCUCUGCUCCUUGAAUGAUGGAACUGUCAUUUUGCCAAUUUAUGAGCAAACACUUGCAAUUCCAAGGAUUCAAAGGCUUCAUCUUGAGGCUCCAGAAAUCGUUGAGUUACAGACCAGUGAUGGGACAUUGCUCUAUGGAGCUUUAUAUAAACCGAACGAGGCAAUAUUCGGGCCACCGCCAUACAAAACUAUGAUCAUUGUGUACGGUGGUCCGAGCGUACAGCUAGUUUGUGAUUCAUGGGUAAAUACGGUCGACAUGAGAGCUCAGUAUCUGCGUAGCCGGGGGAUCUUAGUGUGGAAGUUAGACAACAGAGGAACCGCUCGACGUGGACUAAAGUUUGAAGCGUCUCUAAAAUACAAUAUCGGCCAUGUCGAUGCAGACGAUCAAUUGGUUGGAGCAAAAUGGCUGAUCAGGCAGGGUUUAGCAAGAGCUGGAGAGAUUGGUUUAUAUGGAUGGAGCUAUGGUGGCUUUCUAUCUGCAAUGAGCUUGGCCCGGUUUCCAGAUAUAUACGGAUGUGCUAUAUCUGGUGCCCCCGUUACAGCUUGGGAUGGGUAUGACACGUUUUACACAGAGAAGUACAUGGGAUUACCAUCUCGAGAUCCCGAAGUUUACGAGAAAAGCUCGGUGAUACAUCAUGUAAAUAAGAUGACUGGAAGGCUGUUAAUCGUGCAUGGGAUGAUCGAUGAGAACGUACACUUCAGGCAUACUGCAAGGCUUGUGAAUGCACUGAUAUCGGCUGGAAAGACGUAUGAACUACUGAUAUUCCCCGACGAACGACACAUGCCUCGACAGCACCGAGAUCGGAUCUACAUGGAAGAAAGAAUCUGGGAAUUCAUUCAGAGGAACUUGUAAGGUAAUCUAGUCUUUGUUGUUAUUUAGUAGUGGCUCUGAAAUGAAUGGUGUGUUUAAUCCCAUGUGAAAUAUUCUGACUUUAAACCCUUUAGAAAUAAAAGGCUCCACUUACUUAGUUCAUGUGA